CCGGAAUCAGAAGUGCUAAAAUAUGAUGAUUCUAAUUUAACAAUCUGCUUUAUAUAAAAUCUUCGUUAAUAUUUUAUAAUGGCUGGUAUCGAGAAGUUAGGAUCGGUCAUAUCAAAUGUUGAUGACCUUGAGAAAGGGGCACAGGUUGCUACCAGCUUGCUUCAGGAACGUGCUAACGAUGUGCGUGCCAAUCGUGUCAACUGGCAGUCCUAUCUGCAAGGACAGAUGAUCAGUCAUGAGGUUUUUGAAUUCAUCUCAAAGUUCGACAGUGGCAAUUCGGAAGUUCGCACAGCAAUGUUGCAAAAAAAUCCAACCCAGUUUGCUGUUACAUUCUACAUUCUGAUUAGUCAGAUAGCUAAAGACCAAACUCUGCAGUACAUCCUCACAAUGCUGGAUGACGCUUUGCAGGAAGACAAGAGCAGAGUUGAGAUUUUCAAAGAAUAUGCCAAGAAGAGGAAAGAUUCUGUGUAUUCUCCGUUCUUCCAUUUGCUGGACAGAGAAGACAAAUUCAUUGUAUAUCAGUCUAGUCGAAUCAUUGGGAAAAUAGCAUGCUGGAGUAAAGAACCGAUGGACAAAAAGAAUUUACAUUUCUACCUGAACUGGCUAAAAGACCAGUUAAAACACACUAGUAAUGAAUAUCUUCAGACGGCAGCCCGUUGUCUUCAGAUGAUGUUGCGUAUUGAGGUGUAUCGGCUUGCUUUCAUGGAAGUGGAAGGAAUUUCUGCAAUUGUUUCUGUGUUGGCUGGCAGUAAAGUUGGUUUUCAGAUUCAAUAUCAGCUGACCUUUUGUCUGUGGUGUAUUACAUUCAACAGCACACUAGCUGAGAAAGUGAACAAAUACAAUAUCAUUCCUAUUCUGGCCGAUAUUCUGAGUGAAUCUGUCAAAGAGAAAGUCACCAGAAUUAUUCUAGCUACCUUCAGGAACUUGUUAGAAAAGCCUGGUGAGAAGGAGUGUAUCCAGGAACAUGCUCUGGCCAUGGUGCAGUGUAAAGUUCUCAAACAACUCGAACUGUUGGAGGGACGCAAGUUUGACGACCCAGACAUUGUUGAUGACCUCAAGUUCGUCAGUGAGAAGUUGUUGUCAUCUGUACAAGAUCUGAGUUCCUUUGAUGAGUAUUCAACUGAGGUCAAAUCAGGUCGUUUGGAGUGGAGUCCUGUUCAUAAGUCUGACCGUUUCUGGCGGGAGAACGCACUGCGGCUAAAUGAGAAGAACUACGAAUUACUCAAGAUAUUGGUGCGUCUGUUGGAGAGUAGCAGAGAUCCUCUCAUCUUGUCAGUGGCUGCUCACGACAUUGGAGAAUACGUUCGGUACUAUCCAAGGGGUAAAAACAUGAUAGAACAGCUAGGAGCGAAACAGUUGGUAAUGCAGUACUUGAGCCACGAAGAUCCAAAUGUCAGAUACGAAGCACUAAUCGCUGUUCAGAAACUCAUGGUUCAUAACUGGGAGUACUUGGGCAAGCAGCUAGAGGUGGGUGAGCCAGCAAAGAAAGAGAUGCCAGGAUUAACAGCUGCUAAAGCAUAAAGAUCUUCGUUAUUUCUUUAUUUGGGUCAUUUGGGUUAGGCAGAAUGAAUUAAAUAUGCCCAUGGCAUACUGCUUGAUGUAUAAGGACAAUUGUUGACUAAAUGAACUUGGAUCAAGCAGAAUGAAUUAAAUAUACAUGAGGCAUGCUGCUUGAUUUUUAAGGUCAAUAGUUGACUAAAUGAAUUUGGGUCAAGCAGAAUGAAUUAAAUAUACAUGAGGCAUGCUGCUUGGUUUUUAAGGUCAAUAGUUGACUAAAUGAAUUUGGGUCAAGCAGAAUUAAUUAAAUAUACAUGAGGCAUGCUGCUUGAUUUUUAAGAUUAAUAGUUGACUAUGAAUUUGGCAGAAUGAAUUAAAUAUAGGGAAGGAAAGAUAUUUGAUAUACGGUCAAUAGUUGGAAAAAUUAACAAAAAAUAGUGCUCGCUGUUUGUCAACUAUUAACGUUAGUCACACUAAAUAGACAAAAUAUAACCAAGGAAGGCCAUUUAAUAUUAACUUCAGUAGUUAAGUAAUGAAUUUAGGUGAAGUAGAAUGAACUAAAAACCACUGAAGACAGCUGUUUAACAUUGAUACUGGUUCAUUGAUGGAGUUUAGCUUUGUCAGUGUUAACUGAGAUUGAGGAAUCCUGCUUGUAUUUAGAGUCAGUAGCUACCAAUAAACUUGUAAUCAAGCAGAAUAAUAGAAGAAAUGCAGCUUGAUUUUAGGGUCAGUAGCUAUCAUGAACUUGUGAUCAAGCAGAAGGAAUGCUGCUUGAUUUUAGGGUCAUUAGCUACCAAUAAACUUGUAAUCAAGCAGAAUAAUAGAAGGAAUGAGGCUUGAUUUUAGGGUCAGUAGCUAUCAAAUGAACUUGUGAUCAAGCAGAAGGAAUACUGCUUGAUUUUAGGGUCAGUAGCUAUCAAAGGAACUUGUAAUCAAGCAGAAUAAUAGAAGGAAUGCGGCUUGAUUUUUGGGUUGGUAGCUAUCAAUGAACUUGUGAUCAAGCAGAAGAAAUGCUUGAUUUUAGAGUUGGUAGCUAUGGGUGAAAUUGAGAUGAAACAGAAUAGAGAAUUACUGUUGUGUCGCUAGUUAGUGGAAGAAGUAGGAGAGGACACGUGAUCACAGAUGUAAUCGACAGUGAUGUUUUCUUAAAGCCAUGAUUUCUUUUUCUUAUUGUUGUUGACAGAAUACCAUUAUGAUCAGAUUUUUUUCUAUGUGAAUUUCAGCUACCACGAAUGAAGAUGUGAUAAGAGUAGGUCAUGGUGCAGCUAGUCUAACUGUGAGAAAGUCGUUCAUGCAUUAUGUGUUGAUUUGUCACAUGGGCAAUAUAAAUAGGUGUAUUGCCUACAAGUGAGACGACCUGUUUUGGCAAAGAUGUAUUUUUUUAUGAUGUGACUGAUGAUUUGUGUUUUAAUUCUUACAACUUGUAACAUGAAGCAAUUAUUAAGGUGGGAGGCAGGCUUACUGCCAGAAAAUAAUUUGAGGGUACGUAAUAAAAACAAACUGGAUAAUACAUGCCCCUACUUGGUGAUUAUAGGUUUGAAAUCUUUCGAAAUUGUACUGUGAAUGUCAUGUACUUGGACAAAUUUUAACCAGCAGUUUUCUUACUAUAAUCUUUCUAAAAAAAAAAAAAAAUGUAUCCAUUAAAUUACAAGAUUUUAGAGUACGUAAUUUUAUCCUUCGUACCUUGUGGGAGGAGAAUAAAAAAUAUUAUUUAUAUAAAUUCUUAUUUGGACACCCAUGCUUACUUUGUAGGGGCUGCCAAAAAUGUCCCUCCCCAGUCUACUAUUGACCAACAGAAGAUCCUCAUUAUCAUUUAUUUUCCAUGAGUGUAAAAUCUAGCCAAGUAUUUCUAGAACCCUAAAACCAACUGUGUUAUGUAUGUUACAAAUUGUUACAAGUCACAUCAUAAAAUACAUCUUACAGCUUCAGACCUUGCUGUGAACACAAAUUAAGGGGAGUGAUUAAUUGAAGUCAUUUAAAAGAUGUAUGUAUAUCGACACCAUAUAAAUGCACAUGCUAAGGCGAGCUAAAAAUCACUCUCCUUAAACUAGUCUCAGGGGAGUGAUGGGGAGUGAGAGUGAUAGCACCUCUUAAACAGCAAGGUUUGAACUUGUGCCAAGCUUUACAAAUCUGUUUGCUGUAAUCUAAUGAAGUCUUAAAAAUCAUUCUUAUCUGGAGAGUUUUCUAUGGGGUUUUUUUGUUAAUGUUUAAAAUAUUACAGAAAUAAUAAAGAAAAGCUUACUGAAACUGAGUUUCAGCAUUUAAAAAAAAAGGUAGAAAAAAAAGUGUGAAUAAGAUUACAGCAAAUCCUGCUUGUGUUGUUAUUAUUAUUUUUUAAAUGUCCUUAAGAAUGAAGUAGACUGAUCAUAAGUUUAAGUAUCUGCCCGUGUGUAUUAUACACUGGAUUACAACUGGAUUGUGAAUCUAGCAGAAUUGUCUGCUCCUACGAAUCAUAGAGUUUGGGUUGAAAUUGCAAGAUUAUGAGAUGGAAUUCCAAAAUAUGUAUACUGCAUCAUUUUUAGAGGAAUCCUAAAUAUAUAUUUUUUUAAAUCCCCAAAUUCAAUGUUUAAUACCACCCAAGAUUUGGUAUCUAAAACAAAAAAUUCCAAAACAUCUACAUUACACAUUUUAACUAUUCUGGAUUAAAGCCUCCUAAUACAAACACAAGAUAUGGUAUCUUAAGAAACCCAAAAUUCCAAAAUAUCUACAUUAAAUUUUUUUUACGAUUCUGGAUUAAAACCUAAUACAAACACAAGAUAUGGUAUCUUAAGAAACCCAAAAUUCCAAAAUAUCUACAUUACAAAUUUUUACGAUUCUGGAUUAAAGCCUCCUAAUACAAACACAAGAUAUGGUUUCUUAAGAAACCCAAAAUUCCAAAAUAUCUACAUUACACAUUUUUACGAUUCUGGACAAAUCCUUUAAAAAGCCCUCCUGUCGGAAUAACCCAUGAUCCGCUAUAAUAUUCUUGUUUUCUUAUUUAAAAUGGUGAAAAUCAUUUGGAAGGUUUCUCCUCUUCAACAGUACACAGAAGCGGAUCUAGGGGGCUCCAGGGGUCUCGGGGGGCCCCCCCCCCCUAAAUUAUGCAAUAAUUAUUAUUUUAUUAUAUAUUAAUUUUCAUUUUUUACAACCCCCCCCUCCAAAGUUCCCUUGGCAUUCUACCUCAUGUCACUGCUCCCCCCCCCCCCCCAAAUGGAUUUUGUGGAUCCACCACUGGUACUAAUGAUCAGUGUGCUACAUCUGCAUGAUGUGUGGUCGUAAGUCGUUCCAUCACACAAACAGUUGUGUUUAAUGUCUGUUGACAGUUUUUAUAAACAUUUCAAACAGUUAAAGAGACUGUUCUGAAUUUCAUGACAUUGUCAGAUGUUUCCAACUGAUAAACUAUUUUAAUGACUAAAAUUAAUUUCUGAAUAUAGUUUCUUGUUCAGAAUAUCUGAUAUUCUCGGUGUCUAUAUUCAAAUGUGUUUUUGAUCAUCCUAAUGUUUCUAAAGCAGCCCAAACUGGAUUUGGUCUCCCAAACAUUUUGUAGGGGCAGGAUGUAGGCGAGUGGUAAAGCAUUCGUUUGAUGCACGGUCGGUCUAGG